AUGGCUUGUGCAAACAGCCAUUUUCAUAAACAUCAACAUGUCAAUCCUAAGCCUGUAGUUAUUUAUGCACCUGGCGAGGAGUUAACUCCUACUGAACUAAAUACUCCAACAUACUCUUAUGCAGACUCGAAUGCUAGUGAAGAGAAGAGGAAGGAAUAUAAUUUACGUGAUGAUGGUUAUCAUUACGAAAAACCUCAAAUCGAAUUUAAAUUCUACGUAUUUGUGAUAUGUGCCAUCGCCGUCGCAUCGGCCGAUGUGUCUCAUCUAUCGUCAGGCAAUGGAUAUUCUUACAACAGGCCUACCCCAACAUUUAAUGCACCAUCAAAUGACUAUUUGCCACCUGCUCCAGUGCAUUCACAACAAUUGUCAGAACCAAUUUCAGCACCUGCACCAGCACCAGUGUACUCAGCACCAGCUCCAGCACCAGUAUACUCUGCUCCAGCUCCCGCUCCAGCACCUGUGUACUCUGCUCCAGCACCAGCACCAGUUUACUCAGCUCCAGCACCAGCACCAGUUUACUCAGCUCCUGCUCCAGCACCAUCGAACGAAUAUUUACCACCUGCUGCACCUAUUCCAGCUCCAGCACCAGUAUACUCUGCACCAGCCCCAGCUCCAGUCUACUCUGCUCCAGCACCUGCACCAAUUUAUUCAGCACCCGCACCAGUGUCUGCCCCAAGCAAUGACUAUUUGCCACCAGCUCCACAAUUGUCAGCACCUAUUCCAGCUCCAGUUUACUCUGCACCAGCCCCAGCUCCAGUAUACUCUGCACCAGCCCCAGCUCCAGUCUACUCUGCUCCAGCACCUGCACCAGUAUACUCUGCUCCUGCACCUGUUUCAGCACCAAGCAGUGAAUACUUGCCUCCAGUAUCAGCUCCAGCUCCUGCUCCAGCACCAGUAUACUCCGCUCCUGCUCCAGCACCAGUGUACUCUGCUCCAGCUCCAGCACCAGUGUACUCUGCUCCAGCACCUGCACCAGCUCCAGUAUACUCUGCUCCAGCACCUGCACCAGCUUCAGUCUACUCUGCACCAGCACCUGCCCCAGCUCCAGUAUAUUCUGCUCCCGCACCAGUUGAAAGUAACGAUGAUGGUUAUCAUUACAACAGACCAGCAAAACGCUUCCGUUUCUAG